UCAAGAGCAUGGAUGAAAAGGCAGAAGCCCUGGGCACAAAGACAUCAAAGGGGCAAUUCACGAAAGAUAAGACACUUGAUUCAAUUCUUCAUGUUGAGAUGGUGAAAGAAAAAUCAGCAGAGGAAAUCAAACAGAUUUGGAAUCAGUAUUUUUCUGCAAAAGACACAGUUUAUGCUGUUAUUCCUGCAGAGAAAUUUGAUUUGUUAUGGAAGCGAGCCCAGAAAUGUCCCUCUUUUCUGUAUGCUUUGCCAAGAAAGGAAGGCUAUGAAUUCUUCGUGGGGCAGUGGUCAGGAACAGAAUUGCACUUCACUUCACUUAUAAACUUUCAGACCCAAGGUGAAAAUGCUCCUAGUCACUUGGUCUUGUACCAUUAUCCUGAGCUGCAGAAGGAAAAAGGAAUAGUACUAAUGACAGCAGAAAUGGACUCCAAGUUCUUGGUCGUCCAUGAAGCACAGUGCUUGGCGAAUCAGGUGCAGCUUUUCUAUGCAACAGAUCGUCCGGAGACCUAUGAAUUAGUGGAGAUCUUCAACCACAGACCUAGUGAAUUUAAAUACAUGUCAGUUAUAGCAGAGCUUGAGCAGAGUGGACUUGGAAGGGGAUUGAGACCUAGUCAGGAUUCUGACAAGUCAUAAAGCCUCAUCUGUGAGUGAACGAAGCCAGAGGCAGUUGGAGGGCUUCCUAGCUGGGGCAGUUCCCAUCUCUUUUGUUUUACAGAGUUGGUCUGACAGCAGAAAGGAUCAGGAGACAUCCCAGGAGUGUGGCAGUCAGGCUUGUCUGGCACUGAUGCAAGAUGA